CACUGUGCGGUCACUGUGAUUCCAGCGAGCAAUCACUGCAGCGCAAACUGGUCUGGGGAGGAAGGGAUAGAGAGAGCGGAGCCACCACCCCAGCCCACUUCCACCCGCAAUAUGAUCACACACGCGCGGAUGGAAUAAGGAACAAAAGAACAGUGGGAAAACUAAAGGAAUCUCCACGUUAUCUCCCGCUAGGGAUUCGAAUAGGCUUUGUUGUUUUGGUUUUACGCACGAAAGAUGACUUUCGUUCCUCGUUCCUUCUACGUGACGUUAAGUUUGGACACGUCCAGGUAGACAGACAACUUUCGACAGCGACUUUAGGGCUAUAGAUUUUAGGAUUGCAUUGAAGUUUAUCCAUGCCGACUUCAUAACCAGGCAUUGCAUUUAGAUUUCUUUUUUUUCCUUUUUUAAUUUUGUUAUCCUAAACCACCUGUCUGAAUUUUACUGAGGAUGAUCAUGUUUUCACACGAGUUCUUCGUCUCCUUCCUCGCGAUUACCUGUCUGUUUGGGAUACCCAGAGCGUCCGCAGCGGCAUGCGAGCCCAUCCGGAUCCCACUGUGCAAGUCCAUGCCCUGGAACAUGACGAAAAUGCCCAACCACCUCCACCACAGCACCCAGGCGAACGCAGUCCUGGCCAUUGAGCAGUUUGAAGGGCUUCUUGGCACUCAGUGCAGUCCAGAUUUAUUGUUCUUCCUGUGCGCCAUGUACGCUCCAAUAUGCACUAUUGACUUCCAACACGACCCUAUCAAGCCCUGCAAGUCGGUGUGUGAACGGGCGAAGUGCGGCUGUGAACCGGUGAUGAAGCGCUAUAAUCACACCUGGCCAGAGAGCUUGGCCUGCGAGGAUCUGCCAGUCUAUGACCGGGGAGUCUGUAUCUCGCCAGAGGCCAUUGUCAAAGCAGAAGGACCAGACAACCCCUAUUAUCAAGACCCCUCAAAAUGCUCACCUGAAUCAACUCCUGACUUUCCAAGUGAUUCUCACAAUGUCAACUGUAAAGGAGCCAACAAUGAUCGAUGCAAGUGCAAGUCGGUAAGACUGGGUCUGAAGACCUACCUAAAGAGUAAUUACAACUAUGUGAUUCGUGCGAGGGUGAAGGAGAUUAGAAGCAGAAAUCAUGAUCUGAGUGCCAUCGUGGAGGUCAAAGACAUCCUGAAGUCUUCCUUAGUGAACAUCCCUCGUGAUACAGUCACACUGUACUACAACUCUGGCUGUCCCUGUCCUCCUCUCACUGCCAACGACGAGUACAUCAUUAUGGGUUACGAGAACGAGGAGAGAUCCAGGCUUCUGCUCAUCGAAGGCUCCAUUGCACAGAAGUGGAAGGACCGUAUGGGGAGGAAGGUGAGGCGUUGGGACCAGAGCCGGGGGAACCCAGGGAGAAGCAAUAUGCGGAGGAGCCGCCACUGAUCGACCAAGACGCGUCCCUGUGCAGUGAUGAUCGGGUUGCAAACUUCCACCAACUUUCCCAAAAUUCCAAGUUUUCUGGAAUCAGGAGGGAAUAAGCAAGAAAUCUGUAAUCCUCCAACUGGGAAUUCUGGGAAUUUGGGGAAAGUUACCAGAAUGUUGCAACCCUAAAUGAUGACAUAUGGGACAACAUGUGGAGAUAGAAAGAAAAGUGUUUGCAGACAGAAAACUGAAAUUGCACUAUUGCACGUUUUAUUUUUCAAAACUGUUGUAGCUGAAUGUAGAUUCUUUUUUAGUUGUUGCUUUUUUUGUAUUAUAUUUGUUUAUAAUUCUUUUUUUUUGUUGGUGUGUUUUCAUAAUUCUUUUUGCACAAACAAAAUGUUCAUUUAACAGUGCUGAGUGUGUGUACAGUUGGACGAGACUUGCGAGGGACUUUACUGGAAGAGUGACAGGGACUGCAUCCUACAUGGCACCCUAUUAACUAGAUAGGGAACUUUGGACUUGGCACAGGCUCUGGUCAAAGUAGUAAACUAUAUAGGAAGUAGGGUGUCAUUUAGGAUGCACAAAGGUCUUAGCACAGCAUUAUGUUAGAAGCACUCUAAAGAAAAAUGAUGGAUAUUUAUCUAGCAGCUAGAGACUGCACAUGGGAUGAAGUGGAUGUCUUUAAGAUACCAAAGUGCUUUUAUGAUGGGGUGCUCUGUUAUGCUUUAUUUCUUUUAAAGGAAACACAAUCAAGUUGUAAUCUGGCUAUUUUCCACUACAAGAGGAUUUAACACAUUUCAAAGGAGAAAAAUAAACAAAGGAUGAGGAAGGUGGGAGGGAGGUGGGACAUAUUGUUUUGUCAGUAUGCGAAGAAAAGUCAGAAUGAUCCAAGAAGACAGAGUAUAUCAUGUCAUUGAUGACAACACAAAACACGACAACAUUGAGCUAUUGAAAUAAUGAUUGCAUAACAUGUAAUAUGUCUCCCGACUCAGCUCUCUCUCUCUAUUUCUCUCUCUCUUUUUCUUUCUUUCUUUCUUUGGAACAAAAAGUUUGAAUUGCUUUCUGAUGUCUCAUGCUUUGGAGCUCUGAUGAUUUGCUAAGUGUCUUUCUUCCAGUCGUUUUUGGUGCUUUGGGUUUUUCUAAACUGAACUGUAGUUUUAUACUUCUCAUAUACAUCACUCUGGUUUGUCUUCGUACACAACAUACAUACAUAUAUCAAUCUAUGAAAUGCUAACCACCGCUCAAUUGUGAUUGUAAAUCUGAUUUGAGUGCUUUAUUAAACAUUGUCUGGCUGGUGUCAUGUCCAA